GCCAGAGCGCGACUCUCGCCAAACCCCACCCCCACUAGCAAGCGGUGUGCGACAGACACCCUCCCUAGCCUACCCACAAUGCACGGCGCGCCCGGAGGGUAGGAGGAGGAGCUGGCGGCGAAGGCGGCCAUGUUAUGAUGUGUUGUUGCCCCUUCUCCCUCCUCCCGAGCCCGACUGACCUGGCGCCCUGACCGUGGGAGGGAGACUUCGCGCUGAGGUCGGAGCCGCUUUCUUACCGAGUCCCCGAGGAGAGGCCGGAGCAGCAUGGCCGCCAUGUUAGGAGACGAUGACUUUGAUCAAUUUGAUAAGCCUGGCGCAGAAAGAUCUCGAAGAAGAAGAGCUACGGAUGAUGACUGGGACAGUGAACUGGAGGAUGACCUACUUGAGGAAGAUUACUUGUCGGGGAAAAAGAUUUCACCAGAUCUCUCUGAUGAGGAGCUUAAUGAUGAUCUUCUCCAAAGCGAUGAGGAAGAGCAGGAUGCGGUUAAUUUCAGUUCACAAGGAGUCACUGUCAGUCUCAACGCAACCACUGGGGACAUGUCUUCAUUUGACCUUUCUAAGAGCAUGAGUGAGGAGUGUACAGCAGAGGAGACAGAAUUUGAAGAGGCAGAGAAUGAAGAGGUAUAUGAAGACCUUGAUUUGCAAGAGAGUAACUGUGAAGAUUUGGCGGUGGACUCCUAUGAAGAAAAUGAUGAGCUUGUUGAUGAACAGGUAGAAUAUACUGAAGAAGAAACCACAGAUGAGGUACUGGAGCUUGAGAUAAAUGAACCUCUGGAUGAAUUUCAAGAGGAAGAUUAUGCACAGUCAUACAAAAGGCAGGAAGCUAACGAUGAACAGUAUAUGGAAAAUGUAUCAGAGGAUGCAGCAGAACCAGAAAAUCCUGCUAACGAAUCUGAAGAGGUUCAUGUAGAGUCACAAGAGUUACCUCCUGACUCUAAAGAAGAGUCUGAUGAAGAUGAUGAUGAGGAGGAAGGAGGUGGUCGCAUACGUUUCAAAACUGAACGUAAAGAAGGAACAAUUAUUCGGCUUUCUAAUUCCACUAGAGAAAGGCGUAACAUUCCAGAAACUUUAGAGCUUUCUGCAGAAGCCAAGGCAUCCCUGAUGGAGUUCGAGGAAAUGGAACGACAACGCAAGCAAGGGCGCUUUGGUACCAGAAGAGGUGGCAGAAGAGGAGGCGGUUAUGCCAUACCUGGUAGAAUGGGAGGUCAGAGGAAUGACUAUACUGACAGGAGGAACCUGAGAAAUCGCACAGCCCAGGGGCAACCUGUUCGCAGUAUGUUCAUGCAGCAGCAGCAUCAUAUACAGCCUCUCCUUCCAAUGCCACGGUCCCGCAAUCCUUCAUCGGCUGGGUUACCCUCACCACAACAAGAAAAAGCAAGAAUGGGUACCAACAUGGCAACACCUCAGAAACAGCAACCUAAAAACAUCCAUAUUAAUCCCCAUUUCAAAGGGAACGUAGCACCUGUCCAAGUUCCCCUGCUGCCAGCCCCAAACCAGCCUCGUCCAGCAAUGGGUCCGCCAAGGUUUCCGGGUAUGCCGGAAUUUCAACAUGUCCCAAAUCCUGCACCAGGCAACUUUAAUCCACCCCCACGAUUUCAGGAACCAUGGAGGAACCCCCCACCACCACCCCAGCCUGAACGAGAACCCUUCUUCAUUGGAGAACCACGGUUUCCUAACCAUCAUAUAUUUGACCAGAGAAAUCCUCCUCCUGGUCCUCCUCCUCCGCUUUUGAGCAGCAACCACCAAGUUCCCAACCAGAACCCACCGCCGUUCAAUCCACCUGGACAAGGUUUCAACCAACCACAGCCUAGAUUCAAUCAGGCCCAAACAAACUUCAGUCCGCCUGGACCUGGCCCACAGACUAGUUUUAAUCCACCUACUCCGCAGUCAGGAUUUAAUCAGCCUGGAUUUGGCCAACCAGGUCCACAGACAGGAUUUAACCCUCAAGGUCCUCAGUCUGGCUAUAACCCUCAAGGUCCUCAGUCUAGCUUCAACGCAUCAGGAAAUCAACCAGGUUUCAGUCAACCAAAUUUUAACCAUCCAAGCCCUCAGCCUGGAUUUAACCAGUCUGGUCCUCAACCACCAUUUAACCUGCCAGGCCUUAACCAACAAGGCUUCAACCAGGCAAACCCUGGACCUCAGCCUGGAUUUAACCAGCCAGGAUCUGGUCCACAACCAAACUUCACUCAGCAUGGCCCUGGACCCCAGCCAGGAUUUAACUCUCCGGGAUUUUCAAGAGAACGUCCUUUACGUAUGAACAUGCAGUCUCCAAGCCCGCUGGGUAUGCCUCCUUUCAGUCCACCUUCUGCAAACAGGCAUUUUGGGCCACCAAGGCAGCAAUUGCCACCAGGUCCCGGGCAGCCAUUUAUGCCUCACACGCAGUCAAACAUGCAGGGCCCAAUGCAACCUAUACAGUCCAUGCACCAGCAUCACCACCUUGGAGGACCACCAAAGCCUCCGAUGCCCAUGCAGCAGCCACUUCCAUUUAGAGCACAUUCACAGACACUCUCACACCGAAUGCCCGGGCAGCAGCGACAUGGUCCUCUGAAACAAAGAGCGGGCAUGCCAAUACAGAACAUGGCAAAACCUCACAAUCUGCAGACGCUGCACUCGAGAAAUAGCAACUUGCGGGAGCUGCCCAUAGCGCCCUCUCAUUCUUUAGAUAUGAACAAGAGGAAAUCUGCCUCUGCUCCUGCGGCUCAGGUCAGGCCAGUGGGCACCACUGCACCACAAGCUAGGCUAGGUUAUGGAAACACACAAGCAAUCAAGCCAUUGAACAGCAUCAGCCCAGUAAAGGAAGCAGUUAAAGUUGAAGAACAGUUCCCUGAGGAAGAUGAAGAGACCAGAAAAUAUCGCUUGAAGAUAGAAGAGCAGAAGCGUUUAAGAGAAGAGAUUUUGAAACAGAAGGAGUUGCGACGGCAGCAGCAGGCAGGAGCAAGGAAGAAAGAGCUGCUGGAAAGGCUCUCUCAGCAACAGCCCAGCAGUGCACAGCAAAGGCAGCCCGAGCUGGAAAAUCCAGCGGUGAAGGUGGAAAAUAACUGUAGUCAGAUAUUGCCUCACAUUACUGCGCAGGUGCGGCCACAAGUAAGGAACAGACCGAUUGCAAAUAAGCCAGACUCAUUAUUGUCCAACUUGCCACAGAAAAUCCCACUGCUCCAGACUGCUGGAACCACUGCAUCAUUUCAAGGGCAGCAGAAGAAAAUUAUUAAGCAAACUGUACAAACCAGGGUUGCAGCGGAGAACCAGUUUCCAAAAGUUGAACAGGUAUACCCUGCUGUAUCCCCUAUGCCACUAGGGUUGCAACAGACUGUGAAAGUUGCUCCAGUUCAGGGAAAGCCACAAGAGCAGAGACCCAUAGGUGCAAAGAGGACAGUCAUGCAGAGGUCAAACAGCAGCAGUGGUGACGUGCAUAUCGCCCCAAAGGUCCGCGUGAUUAAGUUAUCGGGAGGGGGAGAUUGUGUUUCUGUACAGCCUUCAGUAGGCAAUCCACAAAUGCAGCUUCCUCAGCAGAGAAUCCAGCCUCAGCAAAGGCCACAAUAUCAACAGCGUGUUCAGCAGAAAACAGGACCUGUAAGGAAGGUAACAUUGGGGAAAGGAAGUGUUCAGCAACAACAGAAUCAACAGUAUCAACAGCAGUAUCAAGUCAAGCCCCGUCCGCAGCAUACUCUUGUAGAGUCCGUUGUCCCCCACAUGGUCACUAGCAUACAAGGACAGCAUCCACAAACGAAGGUCAUUAUGCGAGGGAGAGGCAGAGGAGUAGGUGGACAGAUGGGCCGAGGACGUCUGAUGCCAAAUAAACAGAACCUUCGUGUUGUGGAGUGCAAGCCUCAGCCUUGUGUGGUGUCAGUUGAAGGUCUUUCUUCAUCAACCACUGAUCACCAAUUGAAAAACUUGCUGAUGUCAGUAGGACCAAUUCAGCACGUGUUUUUGGAACGCCAAAGACAGAUUACUGUGAAGAGUGAUGAAAUUAACACAAGUGGAGAAUUCAGAGCCUUAGCGCAGAACAGCGCCUGCAUGACUAACUUUUUUUUGGCAAAUCACCCCGCGGAUUACAGCCCAGUAGAGAGAGCAUCAAAAAAUGAAAUUGCAGAUGUUUCCUCAUCAAAGAAAAGCCAUCGCAACAUUUGAAAACCCGCACCAUGCUUCGCAAUUCCAGCAGAGGUUCCACAGGCACAUGAUUGACUUGUCACACAUCAACGUAUCACUGGUCACUGAAUGAUUUGAGUUGUCACAUUCAGCAUCGACUGAGACACAACUGGAAAAGAGACUUCUGGACACUGUAGUGACUCCCUCUGUAUUUUGGAUUUCCCUACUCUCACAAGGCACUGAAUGGAGGGACAAAUUUGUUACGUAGAGUGAAACUGUGGAGUUGAGAUUUUCCUCAUUAGAUCUCCCUACGUGUAUCUUUGCUAUUCUUACUGUGUUCUCUCUGAAUUGUGACACUUGCAUGUAAAUCUGUCUCUGUGUCAAAAAGACUCAUUACCGACAUAGUAGGGGAAAAAAUUAGAACAAGAGACAGUGUUGAAAAAGAAUAUAUGAUAAUGGUUACUCUUCUCUUCUGGACGUGUUAUGAUUACAAAUAUAUUUUACAUUUAGUUCAACACCACCUAGAACAUAACUCGAUACAUUUUAGCUCUGUUAAAAACCUAUUGUAGAUAUUUUUUACUAUCAUCCUUGGCCUUGAAUUGGAAUUAGCAUUUUAUUCUGAUUUUCAAAGUAAUAUUUAUUUCAAAAUACAAGAUUUUGCAGUCUUAUACUGUAAGUAAUAUCUUUUAAAGAAAUAAGUGUUUUCUUUAAUAAUACCUGUAGAGCAGAGGUUCUCAAACACGGCCCUCAAGGCUCCCCAAAGGUCCAGGAUUUAAGUAUCUCCAUGCUUGACCACAGGUGACUUAAUUAGUACCUCAGUCCAUUUGAUUUAACAAUCUGUGCUGAUUUAUGGAUAUACUUAAAACCUGGACCGCUGGGGUGCCUCGAGGACCGUGUUUGAGACACUGUUGUAGAGUAUUCAUACGCAAUAGCAUCAUAGGGUUCUUUGGACUGGACUAAUGGCCCUUUAGAAGACAGUAAAUUAGGAAAUGCUAUCAAUUUACCACUGGAUUUGGAACAAAUACUAGGAUAAAUACUAUUUAUAUAACUAUUAAUGUAACAUUCCUUUAAUCCACUGGAGAUAAUUCACUUUCUUAGUCUUUCAGCUUCAUUGUUUAGAAUGACUUCAUGGUUAAACAAUCGAUAGCCUUGCAUUGGAUUCCAAAUGCCAAACUGUGGCUUCCUAUUUAAGCCGUUGUUUAUUAACUAGAGGAACAGUCCCCGUACAUAUUGACUUGUCGCUGUUAUUAUAGUAUUUGUGGUAAUAUUGCUCUUCAGUGACUGCAUACUUGUGGUUUUAUAAAAUUGGUUUCUAUUGCGACAUAAGGCCCCCAUAGUAAUAAAUAGCAUAUCUGCCAUAUGAAGGAUGGUUUUAUGUUCUAGAUAGCUUUAUGUAUUUGUGUAUAUAUAUAUAUAUAUAUAUAUAUAUAUAUAUAUAUCAAUUUAAAG